CAAUUUUAUAUUAAUUAAAACUAUUAAAAUUUUAUUCAAAAAAUUUAUGCUAAUAGAAAAUCUUAUUCCAAACCAGGCUUUAGUCUGAUUUCUCAACUAACCUUUUUGUUAUUGUCAAAGCUACAAAAUCAUUGAGUUAGACUCAUCUCUGGGUUUAGCCCUCAACUAUUCCGAUUGAUUUCUCAGGAGAACCGUCUUCCUUCGUUUGUGGAGUUGAUUGCUUGUAAAAUGGAAAGCGACAAAGAUAAUGAUUUUACAUUUUGCCAGGUCAGUGCACCCCCUGACCAAAAUAGUUCUGAUGAACAAACGGUGGUUCCUGGAAUAAGAAACAUCAGUUUAGAAGAGGACGCUUCAAGUAGGCAAAGCAAAGAUGAGUUUAGAGUAUGGAAUAACAAGCUUCCUUAUUAUACCGCUGCAAAGAAGGAAGAAGUGAUGGGAUCCUUGUCCUUCAAUGUCAUCAGUACAGCUCCUCAAAUGCACCCUAGUGAAGCUGCAAAACAGUCAGCUCCAGAUGGUACUGAAAGCUCAUCAAAUGAAAAAGCUGCACAGAAGCUUGUGGGUAGGGAGCCUGUUGCUCGGGCCAAGGUCCCUUUUGAAAAGGGCUAUAGCCAAAUGGAUUGGCUCAAGCUUACACGUACUAAUCCUGACCUUGCCGGAUUGAAAGGGAAGUCCAACAAGAGGCUUAUAUCAAUGCGUGAAGUAAAGCAGCACCAAACAGAAGGCUCUAUGUGGACAGUUUUAAAAGGCAGUGUGUAUAAUAUUACUCCUUACAUGAAAUUCCACCCUGGAGGCAUUGACAUGCUGAUGAAAGCUGUUGGGAAAGAUUGCACUCCUUUAUUCAACAAGUACCAUGCUUGGGUGAACGCCGAGUUCUUGCUCGAAAAGUGCCUCGUCGGCAUUUUGGAUGACACUGGUGAAAACAAGCGAGUCGCAGAUUGACACGAGGAAGCAAGGAGCGUGCCCCCGUGUUUUUCUUCGGAUUGGGCUCUAAGAAAAAAAAGGAAAAAUUUUAGGAGAGGGAGAUAGCAUAAACUUGGACGUACGGA